AUGACCAACAGGACCAACUCCUCCAGCUGUGUGUGCGCCGUGGACGCGCAGAGCAACGCGAGCGAGCCGGACCUGGAGCUGGACCUGGAGUACCCGGUGCACCUGUACCCCGUGCCUGUGCUGACCGGCAUCACCGUGACCUGCUCGCUGCUGUUCCUGGUGGGGAUCGGCGGGAACCUGCUGACCAUCCUGGUGGUGCUGAAGUACCGGGACAUGCGCACCACCACCAACCUCUACCUGUGCAGCAUGGCGCUGUCCGACCUGCUGAUCUUCCUCUGCAUGCCGCUGGACCUGUACCGCGUGUGGCGCUACCGGCCCUGGAACCUGGGCGAGCAGCUGUGCAAGCUCUUCCAGUUCGUGAGCGAGAGCUGCACCUACUCGGCGGUGCUGAGCAUCACGGCGCUGAGCGUGGAGCGCUACGUGGCCAUCUGCUUCCCGCUCCGGGCCAAAGUGCUGGUGACCCGCGGGCGCGUCAAGGCGCUCAUCCUGCUGCUGUGGCUGGUGGCGCUGUGCAGCGCGGGACCCAUCUUCGUCCUGGUCGGCGUGGAGCACGAGAACGGCACCGACCCGCGCGAGACCAACGAGUGCAAAGCCACGGAGCGCGCGAUCCGGUCCGGACUGCUGACCGUCAUGGUGUGGAUCUCCAGCGUCUUCUUCUUCCUGCCCGUGCUGUGUCUCACCGUGCUCUACAGCCUCAUCAGCCGCACCCUCUGGAGGAGGAACCGGAACCCCGUCGGACCCGCGUCCAGUCGGGACAAGAACAACACGCAGACUGUCAAAAUGUUAGCGGUGGUGGUCUUUGCGUUUGUCCUCUGCUGGCUGCCGUUCCACUUGGGCCGCUAUCUGUUCUCCAAGUCAUCCGAAGCCAAUUCUCCACUAAUUACCCAAAUCAGCGAGUACUGCAACCUCGUCUCCUUCGUUCUGUUUUAUUUCAGCGCCGCCAUCAACCCCAUCCUCUACAACAUCAUGUCCAAGAAGUACAGGGUGAUGGCCUGCAGGCUGUUCGGGCUGAGGUGCGUUCAGGAGCGCUCCAAGCCGACGCCCUCGAAUUCGGAGAACUGCCCCGUGUGGAACGAGUCCGGUGGAACCACAUGA